UGAGAGGCUGUGCCCAUCCGAGAGGCCGUAGGCUUCUCAAGAGUACGGAGUACGUAUGCCGCAAAGCCUCGGGUCCCACUUGGAGUGUUGGAGUGCCGUGGAAUAAUGGGCCAGCACUGACAUCAAGGUCGUUAGCUUAUUAGCACGGGCUCUUGACCCCUGUUCUUUUCGAGGUAGUACCGGAACGAGACAGGAGAGGUGACCAUUAAACGGUUUGGUGGUACGACGUGAUGUCAUUCGUCCCAAUAAUGGUGUUCUACUGUAUAUCCAUAAGGCUUAUUGAUUCUCUAUAUAAAUUACUCGAGACGAUAAAAGCCUUUGCUUUCAACCUGCUUAAUCUCCACGACCGUGUCGUUUCGCACGUGUAUUCCCGCUGUGUCAAAUUCCGGGCCAGAACCAGACUGUUCACUCGAGAUCAUAGUAUGCACUCCUUCGUUCCGUUGCGAGUCACCAGAGUGAUAAUGCAGUCCGUUCUCAACAUCGGCCAAUUGAUGCGUUGAGCUUGUUUCAUCAGCGUCACGUUCCUUGUUUGUCCGAAUAAGUGUCGUGAGCUUGAUAGCAUUGCUCGGUCGGCUGAUAGGUUGGCUGCUUUUGCCAUAUGAGCUGAGGAAGCUGGAAGGGAGAAUAUGGACAAAGAUUGGACGAAGAAGAGGGAAGCAUGCUGUGACAGCUCAUUAACAUCUGAAUCGAACGGUUGACAGAGACUUCUACUGACCAGAGACAAUAGCGAUAUUGACUUCAACGGAGCCCAGAAUACAGAACAUGGCAUAGUCGUGGGGCAUCUGGGUUGUGUUAUCGGGGUAGUUAACAAGCACAAUGAGUACAAACAUUGAUGCAAUGCAUACGCUGUACUUGAGGUCAGUCGAAUACUUCGGGAUGAUAUGUAUGGGUGGGAGGUAUGAGAUCUUACAUGGUACCCAGAAGGAAUAGAGCACCGAUUGCCAGCUUUUGGCCCGUUUUAAGUCUUAGCCUGAAGACUUCAAUAAUAGGCAAGAUCAGGAUGAUGAUGUCCAUGAUAAAAUGGGUCGUGAUGGUUCCCAGGAAGAACUGGUCGCUGUUGAUGUUACAGACCUUGUCUGUAAUAGUGUAGUCCCAAAGGGACUGGACAGGGACGCAACGGAAUGUGAGCAUGAAGGUUCGGAGGAUAAUCCAGAUGACUACCAUAACAAGCAUGACCAUAAUCGGAAUGCGAAUGGAUGAAAUGCGAAACAAGCGCCAAUACAGACAUAAAAUCGCGAGCUUGGAACAAGCGAUUGAUGACGCGUAGCAGAGGGAGUUGAAGUAGGUCAAAAAUCGUGCUCGCUGUAGAAUUGUCUCACGUUCAUCGGUCGGCAUUGAGUCGGGAAUAUUCACUCCGAGAUAUGCAUGCAACGUCCCUGUUAUGGCUGUAAGUCUUCUGUCCAUAAACAAAACGGGAUUGUCACUGACAUUCAACCAUGAUGCCACAAUACCCCGUCGCGAAGAGAAACGCCAGGAUGGUGAAGUAAUCAUCAAACCACCAGCUCAUCUUAGUCAUGCGCCGAGCGCAGACGCGAAGGAUGAGGGACGUCAAGGCCGCGAUCCAUGGGAUCGCAACACCAGCCCAAAUAUUAGGUUGGAGUCCAGCCAUGGUGUGAGCACGCGCUGUUGCAGCGCCUAUUCAUAGAGAUUGAGCAAAAUAAUGGGAAAUAACAGUCGAAAAGUUUUGGUACCCCAAGAAUGGGGGCGACGCAGGAGGCGAUCUGCAUUUUGAAUGGCGGCCGAUGACGAGAGCUGAACCUGUCUGCAGAACAACUGACUCGCUCGAGCCAGCCACGAAUCCCAUGAUAUAGCUUUCCCCGGAUACAACCAUGCCGAAAGAAGCGCGCUCUAUCGUAAUCCCGUCUUAGCUCCAAUAGAUAAGCCGAACGUUGCAGAUUACUCGCUAAUUUUGAGUUUACGCUUGUUGGGGUAGUGGCCUUGCUACUGGCUGCAGCAUUUUGUUGGUUGCAAGCCUUGUUUGAGAGUCCUGACGGUUAUCUUUUCGACAAAUCAUCUGGAAAAGAAGCAAUCCUUCCUUGGGCUUGAACUGAUAAAGAGCUGAAGCAAGCUUAGGCCGUCUAAUUUCCCCUUUUGCCAACAAGGGGCUUCUUACAUCGGUAUGCGGUCUUGACUCGCUGUCAAGCCACAGCUGAGUCUGCUCUUAAUUCCGCUCCUGAGUCUUGGCAUUUAUCAUGGAUUUUGCAGAGACGAACCAUUCCCGAAAUGCAGAAUUUACUCAGUGCCAGCAUCACUAGCAUCCUUUCUGACAUUUUGCUUCGCUUAAAUCUCCCAAGAUCAAUCCCUUGCGCAUUGACCUCGAAUCAUGAGACUGGGGGCGACGCUUGUACCUUUUCAAUGCGCCUUAUCAUCUGGACUUCAAAGAUCCCUGCUGUUGAGCAUCUUACCGAUGUAACCGAGGGUUUGGCACGGGAUGCUUAUCGGUGUUUCCUUUCUCAUGCAGAACUCCACACAGGCUGGCUGAACAAAGCAAAUCUUGAGACAUGGUCGCAAGGUCACUCAAGGCUGAUUCAUGGCCAGAUAAGUCUCAAUUUUCGGUAACACCAGCCGAGCACCUGGUACGGCGUAGUCUCCGCGUACCUUGAAGCCAUGUGAGGACUGGGACAACACUGUCGCAGCUUCUGCGAGCUUUGAAACAGCCACUCAAUGCCACAGCUAACCCGCUGCGGCGAUGCGGACUACGCCAUUUUCAGGGCCAAGAACCUGAUCUAUAUAAGGGAGAAUUUGGUCUCAUCCUAAGCAUAAGGUAAGCGGACUACCAGGCUCAGAGAAACGCCGAUGUGUGGGUAUCCUUGGUCCGGUAUCCGUUUCCAUUGUGGGGGAAGGGCCGCACUUCGUGGUCCGCUUCAGCCCGUGCCAAUACCACAUAAAAGGAUGUACCAGUGUAAUAUGGUGACUUGAAAUCUUGAAACAGUACCCUUGUUCUCCUAUCGAUCAACCGAAGUAGCUCGAAUAUUAGAUCUUGACAGGCUUUACAAUGGCUGCAAGCACGUUCAACCCAGCACUUUCACUCCUCAAUCACCACGGCGCUGUGGUAACAGAAACAAACAAACUUUUAUGGAAAAUACACUCUUGUCUUUUUCGGCUUUACCAACUGCAAAGUUGUAUGCCUUGGAACGAUUGAGCGCUUACAGUCUGUCUUAGACGAUAUUGAACCCGAGACUUCAAAGCGAAUUAAUUUAGUCUACAUCUCAGUCGAUCAGAUCGUGACACUCCGAGCAAACUAUACGACUUUCUCGAUGAAAAGGGAGCGUCGAACUUUAUCGGCUUAAAUGGUACCAAGGAGCAGCUCGAGUCUGUUCGACAAGCCUUCCAUGUCUUUGCACAGCACAAGACAGACAAUAGCGUACCGGAAGGCUACACUAUAUCCCAUACUGCCAUAACCUUCAUUCUUGGGCCAGAUGGCCAAGUUCUUGAUAACCUCAACGACAGUCUCAGUAAAGAGGAAGUCGUCAAGAGACUUCAGAAACUAUUAAACCAGGAGUCAACAACGGCCGAGUCUCAUGGCAAGAUGAGUAAGAAGCAAGUCGCCAGUAUAAGACAAAUUGGCAAUCUGGCUCGCCAAUUGACAGGGGAUUGGUCCAAUAUGAUGGGUCGAUGGGAUCUUAACGACGGUUUCGGUGCCUACCGCUUCCAGCUUGCAUAUUCUUUCUAUGCACUUGCGUUGGCACACUUUCAUCGUUUGCCAGCCGCCCCAGGUUUACUCAAAUUUGCCAUGGAAAAAAUGAUUAACAAAACUGUUGGUAUUACUGGCGCGAUGCGAGCACGGGUGGAGGAAUUGCGCGAACCCCAAGGACCGAGGGUUGGGUUGAUCCCGUCACGAAAGGUAACAUCAUGGACAGCGCUUACGUUCAAACAAUGAAUUUGUUAUACAAUAGUCUCUUUGACGAUGCUAGAUACCGAAAGCCGGGAACCCUUACCAUGAGGUACGAUCUAGUUCUGUGGGGUGACGGUGCUUUUACAUUCGAAUACGAUAAAAACAGCUUAAACGAUAAAGUGUAUUGGAACAUGGUGGAGAGUGGAUUCCUAGGCGCUGCCUGUGAGCCUCAUUGUGUUUUCCAAAUCUGCAACUAGCCACCGAUCUUGAGCUUUCGUCUAAGUGACGUCUUGAAUGGAACCACCACCGCUCAAGAAGUGACUUCUGGAUAUGCGAAAGCAUGGGAAGAGUUUGGCGGAAGCCCAAGUCAAAAUGGCGGUUACAAUACCUUCGUGUCUACUCACAACAAGGCGUUAUAUCCAAGCACUGGUAUCGGUGGCGACUGUUGGGCUUCUCUGCUCAUGCACGCCUGGAGACCCCGAUUUGUCGAGGACAAUUACCAGAAAAAGCGAGAUGAGAUGAUAGAAAGGUUGAACGACGGCACAAUCUCGUUGAAAUUGCCAGAAAUGACUAGCAGUGCGUCAGCGGCUCCCCCAGAUCCAUUUUCAGCCGAUGCGUUUGGCUGGGUGGCUGCCUUCGCCGCGCAAACAGGUGACGAGGAGUCGCAUAUGCGGACAAACACUUCAACCCUGUGAUAAUGAAUGGGGGUCUAUUGUAUCCACGCAGGGAUGACAUCCUUGAUGAAAGUGGGCAUUAUGUUCAGAACACACCCAUUCAAGGUAAUACCAUCCUCCUACUUGCGCGACUUAAGAUCUCCAAGGGUUUUCAGCGAUUAUAUAAAAACCCAUGGGGCCCCAACGACCGACACUACUCCGAGCCCGCGCUAGACGAGGUUGGGCAGACUCUGGAUGUUUACCGGGCAGUAUUUUUACCGAAAGAAAACAUUUAGUGUUUGAUAUUGCUGUAUUUGAACUUGGCGCUAAUGGGAAGGUGGAGUUGGCACGGGUUUUUAACCGGGCACAUUGGACUCUCUACUGCGAUACUCGAAAGGUUGCUUGGGGUGAUAGCGAACGGCUCCUUGGCUCAGAGUCAUUUGUAGAGGCCAAAAGCAACAACAGAAAUUUAGUCAUCCUGAUUUCAGAUACUGAGGUUAUCAUUUUUCAGAUGCAGUGAUUUGCUUGGUAGAAAAACAUUGUUGGUUUUAACCAUAUCAUGACGCAAUACUAGAGGUAUUCAAAAAAUAUCUAACUAUCUUGUGAGCUCAUGAUUGAGAAGUCUCGUGGUGGGAUAUGGUUGUAUGGGCUACUGGUAUUAUCAGUGUUACAGUUCCUAUUAGCACUAGGACGUAUAUGUCUAUGUUAUCUCUUUCAGGCCCUUUGAAAGACAAUUAGAUUGCUUCGACUGUACUUGUCAAUCAGGAUGACAGGUAUUGAGUACCCUGUAGUGGGGCGAAAUAUAGAAACCGGUUUGCCGAAUCGGCACCGACUGGGGAUAACCUCAUAACGCCAGACGGGGUUAAUUGCACAUAUCGCCGA